AUUAUAACAGAGCUAUAAGCCCAAACCAGAGUUGUCUGCUAGGGGUUCUUCUCUUGGAGAGCAGCAACCUCGAGGAAUUGUCAGCAACAAUUUCCUCAACAGCCAGUGUUUUCCUUCUCUCGCUGGUACCCAGCUGAUUGUCUUCAACCAGCGUCACUGCCAAGACAUCAAUUCUCUCGUAUUUGCCUCGCGGUGACCCUCUUCGCCGCCAUAUAGUCGCUCUUCUUGUCACUGCAGCAGAGAUUGAUCGAUUCAGCCAUGGAUAUCGAUAGAAGUCCAAUCGGACGUUUCAUCAAUUUCAUGUAUUAUUUAAUAGAUGGUCCUGUCACCUUUGUUCGAGAAAAAAUUGUUGAACCUAAUCAGCAACAUUAUCCAUAUUACCAUGAGAAAUUUCGUAGAGUGCCUGGAAUUGAAACUUGUGCAACGGAUGAUUUCUGUUGUAAAUUUGAGGCACAACAACAGUUUAUCAGAGACAAAAUGGUCGAUAAUGAAAUUCUCAGCAUUUUGAGACAACGCUAUGAGCAUUGUAAUCAUGAAGAUAUAAACCAAAGAGGAGAAGCAAAAUGUGAAGCUAUAUAUGAAUAUUACAAAGAUGCUGCUGCAGCCUGGUUUUCAAAAUAUGGUGAUCUUGGACCGCAACCAGAUGUCAAGAAUGCUUUUAUGAAACAAAAACAUCGUAUGAUAUGGGAGCGUAGACAUGGUCCUAUUGGUUCUGGAAUGAAAGAAGGAGAUAAAUAUAAAAUCGAUGAGGAACAUUGAUCAUAUUGAAUUAUUAAUACAAAUAAAUUGAGUAGAAAGCUUGAUUUUCAAGCAAACCAAUGUACAGACUAUACAUAAAUAAUCUUUAAAUAAAUUAUUGUUACAAUACAUGUUUGUAUCAAAUCAGUAGAUUGGGGAAUUAAUAAAACUGUUUAAAAGAAA